GUCUUCUUAAAAGAAUAGAUAUUCGCUUGAUUUUCGCAAGAUCGCAAGCCCCUCUCGGCUCCAGCGGCUCGGAAUCGAGCUCCGAAUAACAAAGAGCAAAUCUAAUGAUGCACGGAACGGCUGAUGAGCGAGCAGGCGAGGCUCCAAGAGUGCCCGAAGCAGGAGGAAAAGAUCUGUAAGGGUGCUGCAUGGAAGGGGUAGAGAAGUGGGUGUCGCAAAGAUACCGGAUAGUUGAUCCAUUCGGGCUCACUUGAUUCUCGCGGUGGAAGGAAAAGGCGCGCGCGUUCGCCACUCUUCGAAUCGUACCCCGGUAGAGCGUACGCGUAUUACGCCAAGCGAGAGUAGUAAAGAAGCGUACAUGCUGGUGUGCGUGCCGCGCUGAUCAGCCACGCAGCUGUCCGAUACCCGAUAGUGAGGAUAAAACUUAUCGAAAUUUUGAGAAUCCAUGUCGUUGCCGGGGAGGAUUGAAUGAGAAUAACAUUUUUAAUAUGGGAAGUGAACGAUGAGUUAUUUGGAGCGUGGAAUUUUCAUUGACGACAGUGCGACAAUAUAAAAACUUGCAUUAGCUUCGAGUUAAAUCGCAAAAUCGAAUGUUUUGCUGUCGAUAAAAGAUCUUUAGAGAUUUUCAGUGAAUUUAAUCGGUCGAGUUUGAGGGAUUUAUUUACCGAGUUUCAAUACACGCUGCGUUUAUGUAUAGCACAGAAGGUCGAGUGAUUAAAAAGUGAACAUCGACCUUGCAAGCGUCGACCUGCAUACUCAUUUGUUAAGAUGAGAAGUGCGGUUAUGACCGCUUGUAUCCUGGGGCUCGCUUUCGCCGGCAGUCCCAGGCUACCUCGGACUUCCGCCGAUCAACGGAGCUCGAGAAAUGCUCACGUUAACAAUAACAUUACUGGGAAUAUAUUGCCGACUUCGACGCGUGGAACACUCAGGAAUCGCGAGCAGUAUCUCUUCAACGUAUUCGAAGUGAUCGUUUCGACGCUGGAAUCGAAGCUCCAACGGAUCGAGAAUUUGGACAAAGCGGUCGAGCAUCUGAUGCGCAGAGUCGAGGCCCUCGAUUCCCGGGUGAACGACAACAUCGACAAAACUGAUGCGGUUAUCACGAAACUGAGGACUUUGGAUCUCAAGCUGUUUCACGCGCAGCCUCCGCCCCCGCCGGAUUACGUGGAUCCGCAGUCGAGAACAGCCGACAGCAGGAGCGGAAAUAGCGAGGAAGUUCCGAUAAUACGAUUGAUCCACCACGACGUUCCGUCGCCGAACGACCUCGGCGAGAAGCUCGUUUCGCUGGAUCAAAAAGUUUCGGACAUCGACGAGAAACUUGUGAGCUUGAAGAAUCAGCUGGACAACAAUUUCUUGCCGAACGACGACAUCAAGGCCGAAGCCAGCGAAAAGAAGCCGAUUAGUAUGAACGUCGUAGAAAUAACGAAAGCGAUGAGCAACGAAGUCAUGAACCACGUGACGAUCGAGAUUGAGAAUCUGCGACAGCAGACCGGCAACAUGGAUCGAAAACUGCAGUUCCACAUGAAUCUCGUGUCGGACACUCUCGGUGCCGUUUAUUCCCUGACUAAGGAAAUCCACGAAGCCGUUGUCGACAAGAGCGCCGCGUCCUUGGCAGACAACACGUCGAAACCGGACAGCGAGACUCGAUCGAAAAUGAGCAAGAUCGACAAGCUCAUCGACACGAUGAACCCGAUGAACUCGGUCGCGGAGAAGAUGAACCAAGUCUGGAACGUCGUUAUUGGAACGAAAAACUCGAUCGAUUAUCUGUUACCGAAGUCCGACGACCUUCUCUCUCAGACCGAGAGGCAGGAGCGUGCCAUUAGCCAAAUCCAUGCCGAUCUCGGAUCAAAGACCAAUACGAUCAUCAAAAAUCUUGAGGACGUCGAGAACCGCUUGAAAAAGCAGGAACAUGACGUUGCAGCACUCGCCCAAAGGCCUAUCCCGCCCGAGCUGUUGCUCGAUCCGACGAUCGAUCGACUCGUCGAGUACAAUCCGAGCAGGUUCGUCGAAUCGACGGAAGACUUUGCCACCGAUGCUCCGACAACCACGACGAUAACAUCGUCCACAUUUUCGUCCUUGCCUGCUUCACCGUCAAACGCGACUCUCGAUAUAGCACCGAACAAUACCGUGACGUCCAAUCCAGCCACGACUCCAGCUUCGACCCCGCAACGAUCGAUGGCUAAAAAUCGCGGCGUCAUCUUCCCCAGUGUUAAAAACAAACCGAGCCCGGCUAAUUCUACUUUCACUACUGAUAUGAUCGUCGGCUACAAAGACAUCAAAGGCUACUCGUGCGUCGAUUUACUCAAUGGUGGCAUGAAAGACAGCGGCGUUUACUACCUGCAAAUCCGAGGUACUACUUACUGGUUCCUCAAAGUUUACUGUGAGCAGGAAAUCGCCGAGGGUGGUUGGACGGUGAUACAGAGAAGAGACGACUUUGGAGAACCCCGAGAAAACUUCAACAGAGAUUGGGCCGAUUACAAAAACGGUUUCGGGGAUCCUGCCAGAGAAUUUUGGCUCGGCAACGAGAACAUUUACAUGCUGACGAACAACGAAGAUUACUCGCUGCGCGUGGAGCUCGAAGACUUCGAAGGAAACAAGAGGUACGCUCAGUACUCGCACUUCAAAAUCUACUCGGAAGGCGAAUACUACAAGCUCGAAAUCGACGGAUACGAGGGCAACGCCGGUGACUCGCUAAACGAUCCAUGGUAUGGCUCGAACAACAGUCCAUUUUCAACAUACAAUCGAGACAACGACAGAUCGUCGUUGAAUUGCGCUUCGAUGUUGAAAGGCGGUUGGUGGUGGAAGUCUUGCGGACGUGGAUUGAACGGUCUCUAUUUGAACGAUCCCCAGGAUUUAACGGCACGACAAGGAAUAGUUUGGUUCCGUUGGAAAGGCUGGGAUUACACACUGAAAAAGGCGACGAUGAUGAUCAAGCCGAAGAGCAUAAUGCAAGCACUUUGAAUAGACGCUUCAACUGGUCGAAUGUCUGGCAACGAAUGAAAACUCUCGAGAUAGCUUAGCAAGACGAGUUUGGACGAAGGUGAAAGACGGUGCAGGAUCAUCGCGAGUCCAUCGUCGAUGAUGUACCGCAAGGCUUUUUUCCACCGGGAUUGCGACUAAAAAUCACGUGGAUUUUCUUCAUUCUUCCUUUAUUUCCAAACGUCAAAUCGGGAGUUAAAACGGUUAUUUAGAAAUGAGAAAAAAAUGAGCCUGCGCGCUGAUUGGAUAUGAAAAAUUCUUCUCCCCCUCAGCACCUCGAAUAACUUUCCUUUUUUCUAGCAUCCCCGAUCAAAAUAUCUCGUUCUUUUCUUCAUUAUUGUACCUUAAUUCGCAUUCGCCAUUAUACAGUAUUCACUAUAUAGCUCGAGCACGAACAAUCCGAAAGCACAAACUGUUAUACUUUCUCCUUGUUCUCUCUUGCUCAUAUAGUUAAGUCGUAUUGUGUUUUUAUUUAGCAUUUAUGUGUUAUUUACUUUUGCGAAUUACUAUGAUAAAGGUGUAGCAGUGACAGGGUUAAGUUACGACCCAAAGUUCACUUUGGUCAAGACCGUUGGUUCGAUUUGGCUCGGGGGCGAGCAUCGUUCCCAGUGAAAUUAUCGUAAAUUCCUGAUGAUUCGAUAAACAGAUGAGUGAAAACAUCGUGAAUUCGUUCGAGAGUGAAAAAAAGUUGGAUUGAGGCUAGAAAAUAUUGCGGCUGUUAAACUGGCAGUGGUUUGGAUCGAGAGAAAAAAAGAAACGAGGGAGGUGACAGAAAAAAUGCAAAAAACCCUUCGAGUCCAUUUUUCAUGUCCGAAUUCUCACAUUUUAUCAUCUUCGUAUUCGAUUUCCGAUGUGAAUAAAAAUCGUUAUUUUUGCAUGUGAAACGCACGUUCACUUGUUCGAGGCUAUCGAGACAACGCUGCAAUACUCUCAUUGUGUUUCUCGGGAUAUGAUGAAACUAGAAGAUCGUUUGCAUUCGUGCGAAACAUCUUUGUAUAUACCACGAUCAUCAUUAUUAUUGAACAGGAAAUAAAAGUAGCACUAAAAGCAAAAAUUAUGCGGGACGAGCUAAAGUAUCCGAAGAACUUGCGCAUUGAUACUCCAAACCCUUUCGUUUCACUGAUCAAGUUCUUCCAUUCGGUAAAUGUAUUAAGCAGUAGGUGAAUAAUUGUAAAUAAUACAGACACACACACACACACACAAACACACACAAACACACACAUGUUGAGUACAAUUUAAGUUGUAAAAAGCCUACGAAUAAAUGUGUUUUUUGUAAA